AUGGCGCCGUAUGAAGCACUAUACGGAAGAAAGUGUAGAUCACCGCUCUACUGGGAUGAAGUUGGCGAGCGAAGGGUACUUGGACCCGAUGCAGUUGAGGAGAUGAUUGAAAUUGUUCGACGAAUUCGUGUGAGAAUGAAGGAAGCCCAGGACAGACAAAAGUCUUACGCUGACGUCCGACGGAUCGACUUACAAUUUCAAGCCGGCGAUAAGGUUUUUCUCAAGGUGGAUCCGUCGAAAGGGAUAACGCGUUUUGGUGUUAAAGGAAAGUUGAAACCGCGUUUUAUCGGACCUUAUGAAAUUCUUGAAGAAGUAGCCUAUCGAUUGGCGCUACCGCCGAGCCUUGGGAACGUACACAAUGUCUUUCAAGUGUCGCAGUUGCGGAAAUACGUGUUCGACCCGAAGCGCGUGAUUUACUAUGAGGAAGUUGCCUUGAAUUCGGAUUUGAAUUACGAGGAGCGAUCCCAGAUGAUCUUGGACCGUAAGGUUCAAAUCUUGAGGAACAAAUCCAUUGCCAGUGUAAACGUACUUUGGAGAAACCACGAAUACGAGGAAGCCACGUGGGAGCUCGAGGAUAAGAUGAUGGAACUGUACCCGGAACUUUUCCUAUGA